CCAUGAUGUUUGCCCAGUGCACCCGGAAGUGUGCGAGCUCCGCGCCGCUGAUCGUGCUGCUGUGCUGCAUCCUUGCUCCUCUAGCACAAGCCGACAAGAGCUCGGAGGACAUCCGCUGCAAGUGCAUCUGUCCCCCGUACCGGAACAUCAGUGGGCACAUUUACAACAAGAAUGUGUCGCAGAAGGACUGCAACUGCCUGCAUGUUGUGGAGCCGAUGCCGGUGCCAGGGAAUGACGUGGAGGCCUACUGCCUGCUGUGUGAAUGCAAGUACGAGGAGCGCAGCACCACCACCAUCAAGGUGAUCAUCAUCAUUUACUUGUCCGUGGUGGGGGCACUGCUGCUUUACAUGGCUUUCCUCGUGCUGGUGGACCCUCUGAUCCGGAAGCCAGAUGCUUAUACCCAGCCCCUGCACAAUGAGGAGGAGAAUGAGGAUGCUCGCUCCUUGGCCGCAGCCCCCACCCCGUCCGGCGCUAGAGCCAACACGGUGCUGGAGAGGGUGGAGGGGGCCCAGCAGCGCUGGAAGCGCCAGGUGCAGGAGCAGAGGAAGACGGUUUUCGACCGCCACAAGAUGCUGAGCUAG